CCACCGACAGCUGACCCCGGCGAACGGACUUCGUAUCGCUCUCUUCCCCCUGUUCUCCCCAUAGGCGACGCGAGCGCGCCUGGAGAAGCACAACGAGGCCCGGUGUUAGCGUCCGUUUGUCCCGCUAUAUAUACCCGGAGGCCCGUGGGGAAGCCCCUCCCCCGCACCUUGCCCCGCGAUGCGUCCCUACAUCGUCUUCCUUGGGUUGUUUGCUGGCCUCGGCUCUUUCCUCUUCGGAUAUGACACGGGCAUCAUCACGACCAGUAUCGCCCAUGACAGCUUCAAGGAUUACAUGAACAACCCGAACGACGCGGCCACUGGCGCAAUCGUGGCAACCUACAUCGCUGGCGAGGCGGUCGGGGCCAUCACUCAGUCGGUCAUCGGCGACAAGCUUGGGCGCAAGCGCUUCAUGCAGCUCAUGUGCUUGAUUGUCACUGUAGGGACGGUCAUCCAAACCGCGGCGCAGAACUAUGGCAUGUUCCUUGCCGGACGUAUCCUCACCGGUAUCGCUGUCGGUGGUCUCGUCGGCACAGUCCCCAUCUUCAACUCGGAGAUCAGCCCUCCCGAAUCCCGCGGCUUCGUCGGCGGCCUCUCCGGCUACAUGAUCUGCAUCGGCGGCCUCCUCGCCAACUGGAUCGGCUACGCCUGCGGGUUCGCCCCCUACGGCGAGUUCCAAUGGCGCUUCCCCCUCGCCUUGCAGAUCCCUCCCGGCGUCAUCCUCUUCAUCGGCCUGCAGUUCUUCCUCCCGGACUCGCCGCGAUGGCUCAUUCGCGUGGGGCGGUACGAGGAGGCGCUGGAGGCGUUCAAGUCGAUUCGGGGGUUGCAGACGGAGGAAGCGGUCAUCGAGUUCGAGCAGAUGAAGGAGCAGAUCUUGUUCGAGAAGCAGCACGAGGUCACGAGUCUCGCUGAGGCGUGGCAGAAGUACAGGAAGCGCGUCCUCAUCGCCAUCGCUGUGCAGACCAUGACCUCCCUCUCCGGCGUCAACGUGAUCAACUACUACCAAACCACGCUCUACAAGAAGCUCGGCCAGACCGGCCAGAACGUCCUCCUCCUCUCCGGCGUCUACGGCACCGUCGGCGCCCUGAUGAACAUCAUCUCCAUCAACCUCGUCGACCGCCUCGGGCGCGUGAAGCUCCUCUUCUUCGCCUCCGCGGGCAUGUGCAUCGACCUCAUCUACUCCGCGGUCAUGGCGAGGGAGUUCACCAACUCGGAUAACAAGGUCGGGAAGGCGUUUGCGAUUUUGGGGAUUUAUAUGUAUACGGCGAUCUAUUAUACGGGCAUCAACAGCACGACCUGGUUAUAUGGUGUCGAGAUCUUGCCGAUUUCGUUGAGAAGUAGAGUGACUGGCAUUGCGUCAACGUCUCACUUCGUCUUCAACAUCGCCAUCACGGAGGCAGGCCCAAGUGCCUUCGCCAACAUCGGCGAGAACUACUAUUACGUUUUCGUCGGCACGACGCUCGUCUCCGCCAUCGGCGUAUUCAUGUUCUUCCCCGAAACGAAGGGCAAAACCCUCGAAGCCAUCGCGGCCGACUUCGGCGACAAGGUCGUUGAGGGCGAGGUGGACAUUACUCAGGCGGAGAGGGAUAUCAAGCAGCUCGAGCAGAGGCUGGAGGAUUACCGAGGGGUUCAGCCGUCGAAAUGAUGGGUUUGGCGUACAGAAAUGAUCGUCAAGACGUCCAGAAAUAUCGUCACGACGUUCAGAAAUAUUGUCACAAUGUCAGGAAUACUGUUACGUCCUCAGGGAAUGUUUUGUCUAUCUUACUUGUAUCAUUGGUUCAAUGCGAUGACUUCGCCAUGUUGUGGCAUCCGGGUAUUGGCGUC